CAACGGAAUAUCCCCUCGAAUUCUCCCACUUCUCUUCUCUCUCUCUCUCUCUCUCUCUCUCUCUCUCUCUCUCUACCUCAUAUGCCCCGCCGUCUUUCUUGCUCCCACACGCAGCACCCAUUCCAACACACACACGCAACAAUUGCAGCUUGUACCAGCACACAGCCAAGGCAAGAUUCUGCUAGGUUUGGUUCUUGGUUUCUUGCGGGGGCGGCGGCAAUGGCGAUCGGCACCGACGACCUGGAGGAGGCGCCGCCGCUCCUGCUCCUCGACGACGACGAGGCCGCCUACCCGCGCCCCCGCCGCGUCGCGCUCUUCGUCGAGCCGUCGCCAUUCGCCUACAUCUCUGGGUACAAGAAUCGGUUCCAGAACUUCAUCAAGCAUCUGCGCGAAAUGGGCGACGAGGUCAUUGUUGUGACCAACCAUGAGGGGGUUCCACAGGAGUUCCACGGUGCUAAGGUUAUUGGUUCAUGGAGCUUUCCAUGUCCACUCUAUGGAAAGGUUCCUCUCUCACUGGCACUCAGCCCUAGGAUCAUCUCAGAGGUUGCAAAGUUCAAGCCUGACAUCAUUCAUGCGUCCUCACCUGGAAUCAUGGUUUUUGGAGCCCUUGCGAUUGCUAAACUGCUCAGUGUCCCCCUGGUGAUGUCCUACCACACCCAUGUCCCAGUAUACAUUCCAAGAUAUACAUUUAGCUGGCUCGUCGAACCAAUGUGGCAAGUCAUCCGGUUCCUCCACAGAGCUGCUGACCUAACUUUGGUACCAUCUGUUGCUAUCAUCAAGGAUUUUGAAACUGCCCAUGUCAUUUCAGCUAACCGGAUACGCCUUUGGAACAAAGGCGUCGAUUCUGCCAGCUUCCAUCCCAGGUUCCGCAGCCAUGAGAUGCGCGUGAGGCUAAGUGACAGUGAGCCAGAUAAACCAUUGAUAAUUCACGUCGGGCGCUUUGGGCGCGAGAAGAAUUUGGACUUUCUGAAAAUGGUAAUGGAUCGGUUGCCUGGAGUAAGAAUUGCAUUCGUCGGAGAUGGACCGUAUAGGACUGAGUUGGAGAAGAUGUUCGAGGGAAUGCCGGCGGUGUUCACCGGGAUGAUGCAAGGGGAGGAGCUCUCGCAGGUGUACGCGAGCGGCGACGUCUUCGUGAUGCCCUCGGAGUCGGAGACGCUCGGCCAAGUAGUCCUGGAGUCCAUGUCGUCCGGGGUGCCCGUGGUGGCGGUCCGCGCCGGCGGGAUCCCCGACAUAAUCCCGGGGGACGCGGAGGGGAGGACCAGCUUCCUCUUCGCCCCGGGGGACCUCGACGACUGUGUCGGCAAGAUUAGGUUACUACUGACGGACGACGAGUUCAGGGGCGACAUGGGGAGGACCGCCAGGGCGGAGAUGGAGAAGUGUGAUUGGAGGGCCGCCUCCAAGACGAUCCGCAACGAGUUCUACAGCUCGGCAAUCGACUACUGGCGGAAGAAGCAGGCGGACAUUGUUCAGCCGCUGCAAUGGCUGGCGCAAAUGUUCAUGCCGGCGCCGAACCGGGUCAUCGGCGGCGGCAUCAAGCAGUAGUGGUGCAUCUUAGCCAUGAUCUAGGCAGGGCGGGGGCUGGAAGAUGGGUGGAUAAUUCCAUGCAUUCCUUGUAAAUUCUUGGUAUAUAGUGCAGUGUCAAUAGGUGAGAGAUAGUUUCUGUUUUUUAUCUGUGUGAAAUUGGGAUACUAUGAUUGGUUGUACUGUAAUAGUGGAAAUGUGCUGAACUUUCUGGUGGUGCACAAGAUCCAUCAGUUUGUGGAAGCAAGCAGAAUCCACAUCAGCCAUGUAAUGCCCACAUAUGUACUCCCUCCAUUCACUAUUGUAAGAUGUUUUAGCUUUUUUCA